AUCUUUAAAAGGGUAAAAUUGUCUUUUUGGGAACAUUCCAAUGGAUAAACCCAUGAAAUUAACAGACCAAUAACCGCAAAAACUACCAAUGCCUUCUUUGCUACAUUCCCUGUUGCUAUUCUCUUCAACGCCAAAGCCUCUACUCUUGGCAAAUUCGCCGGCGUACGAUGGACCCGUUGAUGCCAAUAGCCCAAGACCCAAAUCCUAUCAUACAAUAACUGCAAUAUCUAAAACCAAAAGCGAAACAAAAAUCAAUAACAAGGAUGAGGAUGACUAUCAUGCCACCCUUAAAGCUCUCAACUCUAAAGGUCGUUUCCCAAGAAAGUCACUUGGGCAGCAUUACAUGCUGAAUUCGUCAGUGAAUGAGGAAUUAGUUGCUGCUGCUGAUGUACAAGAAGGAGAUUUGGUGGUUGAAAUUGGGCCUGGUACUGGUUCACUGACCAAUGUUCUUGUAGACGCUGGUGCCACUGUCCUUGCUAUUGAAAAGGAUCCCUACAUGGCAGCCCUUGUAAUGGAGAGAUUUUCCAGUCUAGACCACGUAAAGGUUUUGCUAGAGGAUUUCACAAAAUGUCAUAUACGCUCCCAUUUGUCCACAAUUUCGCAAAGUGGAAGAAAUUCUUCAGGUGUGAAACCACAAUAUGCAAAGGUAGUCUCCAAUUUACCUUUUAACAUAAGUACAGAAGUAAUUAAGCAACUUCUUCCCAUGGGUGAUAUUUUCUCAGAAGUAGUUCUGUUACUCCAGGAGGAAGCAGCUGUGCGCUUGGUGGAUUCAUCCUCAGGGUCCUCUGAGUAUCGACCCAUUAAUAUCUUCAUCAACUUCUAUUCAAAUCCUGAAUACAGAUUUAAGGUGCCAAGGACAAAUUUCUUCCCACAACCUAAAGUUGAUGCAGCUGUAGUUUCCUUCAGACUGAAGCAACCUGUGGAUUAUCCUCCUGUUUCUUCUGCCAAAAGUUUCUUCUCAAUGGUCAAUUCUGCUUUUAAUGGAAAACGUAAGAUGUUGCGAAAAACACUACAGCAUAUAUGCCCUUCCCUUGAGAUUGAAGAAGCUCUUGUUAGUGCUGGUCUUCCACCCACGGCAAGGCCGGAGGAGCUAGCGCUAGAAGAUUUUGUAAGGCUGCAUAAUUCAAUUGCUAAAGCCUAAGACUUUCUGGUGUCACUUGGCGAAGAUACUUGGAAGCAGAGGCCUCGCCUUUCUUAUUACUCCACUUGUUAUCCUAAACUUCACUGGUAAACCAGAAAUUGGAAUAAGGAAUUCACAAGCUUCUGCAAGCCUGGAGAAUUAUCACCAGCUGGGAACUCAAACAGCUACAGUUGACAGCAAAAAGGACAACUCCACAAAUAUUGAUUGAGCCUCCAUUAUUACUCUUGUCCCAUCAAAGCCUUAAUCCAUUCAAUACCGCACAAGUGUUGAGAGACGAAUUAUCAGGGCAUCAGAGCUGAGUGUAAAUAUUGUAUCACAUAUCUUCUUUUACAAUCAUUAGUACAACCAAAGACCAAUAAUGUAUUUGGGUAAUAUAAACUGUAUUUUUGCAUCGGAUCACCCUGUGUUAUUCAUGAACAGUGAUGAUUCAUAUCUAACUUGCUUGUAUUUUC